AUGGCCAUGGUGGUGCGCUGCGAGGGAGGAGGGGACGCGAUGGUUGGAAUCGACGAGUGGAACCAAAGAUGGAUGAUUGCAAGAGGAAGGAUGGAAACGGAGGAGCGGAAAGGAGAGAAGGAGGAGGGAGGGGGGAAGAGAGAGGGAGGGAAGACGUCGCAAAGGAAGAAAGACAAAGAAGGUGGUGAGGGGAUUGCCGAUGACUUGAGCGAGAGGAUAAAGUCGAUUCUUCGGGGUGGAGAGGAGAUUCCAUGGCUUACAGACCUCAAGUGGCCGCUCCGCUGCAUUGUUGUGUUGUACAUGCAGCAUAAGUGCUCAAACGAAGAGAUCUGGCGCCAUUAUCACGCGAGACUGGUUCAGAGAGAGUGCAGGUUGGGCCUAUAUGGACUUCUCAGCAAGCAAGUGACUUGUUCGACUGUUACAUCAAGAGAUGUCAAAGUCGCUGCAAUCUCAAGGAGUUGUACGGAAGCGAGGAGGAAUGUGAAUAGCGCGUGGGUAGAUGUGUUACAGUUCUUUCCUUGUACUAGACUAAAUCCCGGGGUUUCGGAACUAGACAUCAUGCGAAUUGAACAGCACAUCGAAAUUAUGUUUCCUCUGGAGCUUCGAGAACUGUACAGACUAGCCGACGGAGAAGAGUCUGGCUUCGACCGCUUCACAGUCAACGGGCUCUUCAAUGGAAUGCGAUUCUUGCCGUUCCAUGGUGAGAAGAGAGAUGGAAGUGGACUCGAGGAAGAAUAACAACAUGAAACAUGAAAGAAGCUUGUGAAGUCGCAACAAGGCAAGAAAUCCCGCUCGUGGGCAUGCCGAAUGUCAGCCGGUGAACGUCACUCCUUGCAUCGCUCCGUGUUGGCAUGUGGGGAACUGAAGGGAGUCGUUCCCAGUGAAGAUUGUUUGUUCCCCAUCAGCUCGCUGGCAGGGCAUGGCGAAGUAGGCGAAUGGUACGGCAUUUCCGGCCAAGGGAAAGUCUUCAAGGCAGCUCGUGAGCGUUUGAGGCGACUUUUCACUGAAAAUCAGGUGUUCAGCAUUGAGGAGGGCAAUGGGCAAACCCUUCAGACAGCGAGCAAGUUGGAGAACCUGCUGAAUGGCCAAACCCAGGGGUUGGGGAAGUGA